GUUGGUGCUAAAUGUCACACCAGAUACUGGAGGCUGAAGUGGAUGGGUAAUUCAGAAGGAUCCAGGUAACAAUGGACAUGGUGAGGACAACCAUGAUGCACAGCAGGCUGCAGAUCUGCAUGCUCAUAGCCGGCUACUUUGUUUAUCUCCUGAUGGGCGCCUUCGUAUUCCAGGCUCUAGAGAGGGAUGCUGAGGUAAAAGAGCAAGAUAAGUUCUUUAGAAUGAAAGAAGAUUUCCUGAAGAACUUCACUUCCCACAGCCCAGCAGAGGUAGAGGUCUUUGUGGAGAACCUGAUGGAAGCUAUUCGGAUGGGAAUCGAUCCAAAAGCAAAGACACUCCCAAACGGGCACAGCAGCUGGGAUUUCGGCAACUCUUUCUUGUUUGUGGGCUCUACGUUAUCCACCAUAGGCUAUGGAUACGUCUCCCCUAAAACAGCAGGCGGCCAGCUUUUCUGUGUCUUCUUUGCUCUCUUUGGGAUCCCCUUGAAUAUCGUCUUCUUGCACCACAUCGGCAAGGUUCUCUCCCUGCUGUGCGAAAGGCUUGCUAAAUGCGUGCACAGGAAGGAAAUAAAGACGAAAAGAACAAGGCUUUUGACCCUUCUGUUCUUCCUAGUGAUGGGGAUUCUAGUCUUUCUUUGUGUGCCAUCUGCCAUCUUUCAAGAGAUGGAGGGUUGGACUUAUAGUGAAGCAAUUUAUUUUACGUUUAUCACCCUCAGCACCAUUGGUUUUGGAGAUUAUGUAAUAGGCAGAAAGCAUGGCAGAAACUAUUUUCCUGGAUACCGAAUCAUGGCAGCAAUUUGGAUUAUCUUUGGACUUGCAUGGAUAGCCCUGCUGUUUAAUCUACUGACAACAUUAUUGGAAGAUCCAGAGAAGAAACCCAUACAGGAAUUGAUCCAGGUCAAGACAGGAUUAAGACAAAAAGCAAAACUCAAAACAAUGCCCAUCCACCAGAUUUCCACUUGAUUAUUUAUCUCUCUAUGCUGGUGAAGAUGAGAAGAAAAAUCAGCUAUAGCAAGAUUAUGUUCUUAAAAAACAAGUUUGUCUCAUUAUGAUAUUUUGUUUCCUGAAAACCACCAGCUGAUCUUUAAAAUAUGCAAUUUCAAAUAAAAUAUGAAAUA